AUGGGUAACAAGCCUGACACCACCAAAUAAGCUGAAAAUACAGAGAAUAAUAAUUAAAAUAAAGAGUAGAAGAAAUCAAAUGACAAGAAGUAAGCACAGAGAAAGAAUGAAAAAAUGAUGAUAGCAAGAAUGUUAGUGGGAUAAAAUGGGUGUGGAUUUGAAGAAAUUGCUCAAGAGUCUGAAAAUUAUGAGAAAUUCACAAAUAUUAUAGCUAAUGCUACCAGAACUAAAGAUUGA